CGGCUCCGUCCGAGUCGGUCCCUUCAGAGUAAGAGGCGGGGCCAAGAUGGCGGCUAAGUUUGAUCCCCUUGUGUGGUGGCUGGUGACUCUUAUGUGGCAAAGACGGAACAGAGAUAAAGGAUUUUGGAUGGGAGAUCUUGAUUCACAAACCAGUUAAGCCAGGGUAUUCAUAUUUAAGAAGGUGUCUCAGAGCGGCCUACAAACUCCUUUCCCUUCCCCUCCCCACAACAGACACCCUGUGAGCUGUAGCAUCACCACUGCACAUGAUACUUUCUGGAGCAACAUAAAUCAAAAAAGCAGAUUCCUGCACCAAAUUGCUUACGACCGCUUCACAAAUAAUUCCCCCCAAUAAGUGCUUUUCAGAUUACAGGUCCAGGAAGCGGGGCCGCAGAAGCUACGAUGGCAAAAUGGGCAGCCGUCCCUGCCACUUUGGCAUGUGCGUCUAUUAAUGUGUAUGCCGUAGGAGAGGAGGAACCCAAAUCCCAGCCAGUUAAAGCACAUCAGCUUUCUGUUUAUAAUGCACCGCCUCUGAAAUCAAGAUACAUCGAUGAAAAGCCUGGCCGCUUGCAAAGCGGGAUUUCUUCAGUACGAAAGUCAGUGGGUUACUAUAUUAAUGGGUGCAGGAAUGCUUAUCUCUUCGUAAAACAUGGAGUGAUAUCUUCUAUACAGUUUGGAAAAGAUACCUAUGUUUAUCUGAAGAAUCCCCCUCCAGAAUUUCUUCCAAAAGUUGGUGCAAUUACAAUUUCAGGACUGACUGGGCUAGUCCUAGCAAGGAAAGGGUCCAGAUUUAAGAAAAUUGCCUAUCCUAUGGGACUCUGCACCUUGUGCAUAUCUCUUUGCUACCCAGCUCAGUCAGUAAUCAUUGCAAAGGUAACGGGUAAAAAGCUUUAUUCUGCAAGCCACAAAACCUAUGAAGCAAUAGGAUCACUCUGGACAAAACGAUCCACUGCCGAAGUACCCCUCGUCCUGGAUGAGGCUGCUGAGUUCCAGAAGGAGCGCUUCCACAUCGAUAAGCCUCACAGAUUCAAAGUCUACAGCUACAUGAGUCCAACAUUUUGUGAUCACUGUGGUAGUCUUCUCUGGGGACUGGUUAAACAAGGAUCAAAGUGUGGAGAAUGUGGAAUGAACGUGCACCACGAAUGUCAAGAGAAAGUGGCAAAUCUGUGUGGUAUCAAUCAGAAACUGUUGGCAGAAGCUUUAAAUCAAGUUAGUCAGGAAUCUUCGGUCGCUAGAACAGACCAUAGCAUCCCAGAAGCUCAUACAGCGGCUUCGGAAUCAGAGGAAAAGGCAAAAGCACACGAGACACAACUGCAUGCAGGGGAAACUGUUCCUGAGUCAGAUUCAGUGCCUUUGAUAGCUGAAGUGAAGGUGCCGAGUGUCAUAUCAGAUACAUUGAAGGUAUCAAAGUUUAAACCCGAUCCCAGCCUCAUGGACCACGGCCAGUCCAAUCCAGAAGACGUGGAUAUGUACAGUACCAGAAGCUAACACACCCGACUGGUCCUGUCUUCGGGAUAUGAUAAUGAUGGGACAUUAAACUGGGAAGCAUAAAGCGAUUUGUGUGUGUGCUUUAUGUGGUGGCAUCAGGUAUUUUCUUAACCAUCCCUGUAUAGCCAAUUUACUUGUCCUUCGUUGCCACUGUAUAAAUUUUUUACUACUUCUUGCUACCCAAAAAAUAUUUUCUGGUUUUUGGAAGUAUACCUACUCCCUUGAUACACAGACCAAGACCAUUUUAUAGGUCCUGGAGUGCUUCGGAUGAGAUUGUUGUCACGCUGGUAGCUAAUGUCAAUGGUAAAAUAGAUUACUAUGCUGCUUCUUUUCCAAUCCACAUAGUAAAAGAUAAGUAUUUAA